AUGACACUAGUUUCAAAAGCGUUGUUUUUGGUGGCUGUUGUGCAGAUUUUGCAUUCCGGGUUUUCCAGCCAUGAGUUUAUCAUAAUGAAACAACGGUUAGCUACGAGCAGCGAUCUCGACGUUGAGGCUAUGUUACUGCCGAAAGAUAUACAAUUAGAGGCAAUUUGCGGUAUGGUUUUGCUGACAUUGUCGAUAUUUAUGUCCUUUGGCAAGCAAGAAUUUUUGCCUUUAUCAGGUAAGCUUAAGCUGUUGACACAGGACGACAUUUUGCAAGAAAUCAACAUGAAUAAGGCUACGAAUGCCAAGAACCUCGCUGGGUGCAAUCCUUACGGUGAAAUCACAAAUCUGCCCACGUUUGUGGAUAUACAUUCAAAACGGGCUCAAGUAAGACGCUGGAGGGAAGAACAGGCCAAAAUCAAGGCCUGA